GUCUUUCUCAUUUCAGUGAUGUUCCUUCCGGUUCGUCUUUACCUGUUGUUGCUCUUUUGAUGUUCCUUCAAGGUUAUGCGACAUGGUAACUGGAAUAGCAAGUAUAUCGCUAUAUACGUAACUGGAACCAAUAAAAACUGGGCAUUAUGUACUUCGAUCAGGGAGAGCAAAGGGAGCUCAAAGUUUCUGUUAUGUGGAAACGAGCCCAAGGAAGAAAGAAAGUCCUUACAUCUGUCAACUGGAAAGAACGUGUUUUUGUUCUAACACCUAAAACUCUCAAUUAUUUUGAGGGAAGUUGUGAGAAACGGGGAAGAUGCAAAGGGACCAUUCCUUUAAGCUCAGUGAAGGCUGUGGAGUUUGUAGAUGAUACAGCAUUCGACAACAACAAAUACUGCUACUGCUUUCAAGUUGUUUAUGAUGACCUAGUUCUCUAUAUAAAUGCAAAAACUGAACAGGACAGAAAAGAAUGGGUAGAGGCUAUUCAAGAUGAGUGCCGUGGUAACAAGUUCCUUCUCAUGGAAUACCACCCUGGAGUAUUUAUCAACAAGUGGACGUGCUGUGAUGGCAAAGACAAGUGUACUCAAGGCUGUAAGGAGUCCUUUGCUGCACAAGAGAGAAAUGGUUAUCAAGGUGGAGGUUAUACACAGAAUGUGAGAUCAUCACAUUUCAUAACUUCACAGCCCUUGCCUCCAAUCCCUGGUGCUAGUGAAGCACCUCCACCACAGCCUAAAGAAAAGAAAGCACCUGAAAGGACUCCGGCUGAAGCUGUUGUGGCCAUUUACGAUUUCCUUGGAGUAGAACAGGGUGACUUAUCUCUCAGCAAGGUUUUCAUAUUGUUUGAUUCAAUUAUAAAACAUGUAACACUGAAUGACUGCUCCUAAGGGAAACAGUUUAUUUAAUUUGUUUCAUCUCCACUUUAAAGCAAGUCUACACUGGCUUUUGCAGUCACAGAUUUGUGUUUGAUGUUUUGAGACACUAAAUACUCAGUCCUUUUGUUACUCCGUACUGUUACCUACUACUAUGACAGACCAUGAUAAUCAUAUUUAAUAUUAAAAUGAUUGCAUUAGCUAUUUUUUGUAAGCUGCUGAUGAUACCUCCAGUGAUUUUUGCCCUGUAUGUAUGUAUUAAGCAACACAGCACUAUGUUGGUUUGCUUUCAGAAUCAGGUCCAAUUUUUCAAAAGCCCCCCAAAAUUUUGAAGCUGGCCAAUUUUUGGCUUCAUAAUGUACUUGUCUGAGAUAAGUGAAAAAAAAAAAUUUGUCCUCUGUUUGCUACCAAAUCUUAAAACUUGCAAAUAACUACAUACAGUAUUGUGAGAAAGUAAUGCAAACGAUAAUCUACGAAUAUUGGGAUAUAUUGACGAUUUUUGAAUGACGUUUUGCUUGAAACAAUAUACUGCGAGAUGUCGCAGAGCUAUUGUUGUAACAUCACGAUAUUUUGCUGAGUCCUGUGCAAUUUAUCGUUUGCACAGAGUGAUUUGUCAUUUGCACUGAGCAAUAUAUCCUUUGCACCAAGUGAAAUAUCGUUUGCACCAGGCGACUUAUCAUUUGCUCCGAGCGACUUAUCAUUUGCUCAGAGCGAUUUAUUGUUUUCACCCAAUGAUGCAACCUAUUGAUUUAUUGUUUUUGCCCAGAAAAUUAUUGUUGCAGCUUAGCAAUAUAUCACUUCUGAUGGUAACCCGUCGUUGUGCCAACAUGUAUUAGUUUGCCAAGGAUCAGUUCGCUAACGUUGAUUCGCCAAUUCCCUGGAUCAUUUCGCCAAAGCUUAUAUGUCAGUUCACCAAUUUCCAAAAUACUUUUUCAAAAAGGUCUGAAAUGUAUUCACAAAUUACCAGAGGAAUAAGAGGUCACCUUUGAUGUAAGAUGACAUGGGUGUUUGUAGGCUUGGGUAUUUUGUAAUUGCUCAUUUCAGUCUCCCCAAUCCCUCUCUCCCCAUGCCAUGUUGACAAUGCCCCAGUUGAUCCGGGCUGAUCAACCAAUGAAACUGACAAUCGAUAACAACCGAUAGCAAUCGAUAACAAUCGAUAACAAUUAAUCGAUUGAUAUCAGAAAUCGAUGAACAAAAAUUUUGUUUUUCGAUUCCAUUGAUUGUCAUCAAUUGUCAUCGAUUAUCAUCGAUUGCCAUUGAUUGUCAUCGAUUAUUAUUGAUUCCUAUCGAUUGUCAUCAACCAGCAAUUUCAUCGACUUCCAUAUUUUUUGGGCGGGUAUAUAAAAUACGUAUCGUAUCUGGCCUUGCCAAAGAAGUCACUAACCCAAUAACCGUUACACCAGUUACUCCUACUUUAAAAUUCUCACAUAAGAUUAUCAACUUAAAAGCAGUUAAUUCCCUGGGUUGAUGUUAUCCGCGAUCAUGUAUCUCAUCUCCUUUGACUGCAAAAGGGCCUAGUAGAUGUUCAAAAAGAUCUUCGGCAGAAAACGAGAAGUCGCCAGACACCCGAGACAAAACUGCUGUACUUCAGAGCAUUAAACAAGACCUCAAAGCAGAGGAGGUUGAAGAUUCCAUUGACAGCGAGCUUGUGAUCUUCAUCACCAGUUUGUUGUUUUACAGUCAAUUGCACUGUGCCAAGUUAGUUAUUCUUUGAAGAAAAAAAGAAAAAAAAGGAAGUUACUACAACACGGGGUAUCCGUAUUUGGUAGCCCAUCCAAGCGGGAAUCCCACUGAACAGGGCUUAACUUUGUUGAGCGGACAAGACGAGGUACUGUCCUUGUGGUAUUAUGACUCUACGUUGGAUAUUUUUUUCUUUAUUUCUAAGAUCUCUCAAAAGGUAACAAAGAAAGAAAAAAAUCACUGAUAUCA